AUGUGCGCAUGGUGUGCCCGAGUCCCUCAUGCAGGUCAUCCCAGGCUGCCGCUGGCUGGCUAUAAGCUGCUGGCUACUGCAAGUUGCUGCUCAAGUGUUCUGCAGACCAAGCAAAACAACCAGCCAAAAGUAUCCGUCCAAACUUCACCGCUGGUAUGUGUGUCUCUGAGCGAGUUUAGUGCUCCGGCUUCUGCGUUUCUUUCUAUGUCUAAGGCUGCAUGUCCUCGAACAUUUGUUAGCUCUUCCCCGCCUCUCGUGCCGUACUACCCUGCCACCCCUAGUCACUGGCUGGCAUUGCUGUGCUUUGCUGCGGCCCAGUCAUCUCAUCGCUGCUGCUGCGCUCGACUGUGCCUUUGCAAGCGGAAGGCCGAGCCCGAGCGAACGAACAGCGCAGCACCCAGCGAUGGAGCGAGAGCGAACAAGAAAUACCAGGGCACGCAAGUCAGACCUCGUAGGGAUCCCCUCCAAGUCUCCUACACCGGGGCCAUUCGUUACCCGCCGUGCACAGGAAAUCCAAGAGGCGGAAAGACGGUUACGUGUUUCCAGAUGCGGCAAAACAAGAAGAGCCAAAAAAGCAUAGGCCAGUGGCCACUCUUCUUCUGA